AUGUCUAAAUCGAUUCCAGCCGAUCAUGUACGUCUUCUUCGACAAUUUAUUACAUUAUGUGAUGCUCAACCUGAAAUGCUUCUAGCACCUGAACUUGAAUUCUUUCGACAAUGGCUUGCUAAAUUAGGAGCAAUAAUUCCAAAUGAUUCAUGUCAUCAACAUGAUCAUACUUCAGAAUCGAAAACCGAAGAAAAGGAAACAACUCAUGCUGAUCAUGAAAGUACUUCAUCAUCAAAAAGUCAUGAAGAACCACCAAAAGUUGAAAGUGAACCAGAAAGUGAAUUGGAAUUGGAUACAACUGGUGUAAUUGAAGGCGAUCAUGAUGCGCCACAAUCAAUGGGUGAUCCUAAUAUUGAAGUAACAGAUGCCAUGUUAGAACAAGCUGAUGUCAAACGUGGUGAAGCACAAGCAAAACUUUCUGAAGGUGCAAUUGAAGAAGCAAUUUCUUUAUUUACACAAGCUAUUGAAAAUAAUCCACAAUCGGCUAUUCUUCAUGCUAAACGUGCACAAUGUUAUAUUAAACUUCAAAAGCCGAAUGCAGCUAUACGUGAUUGUGAUCGUGCUUUAGAACUUAAUGAAAAUUCACAGCAAGCACUAAAAUGGAGAGGAAAAGCUAAUCGUAUGUUGGGUAAUUGGGAAGCAGCUUACAAAGAUUUUUGUAAAGCACAAUUGUCUGAUUUUGAUGAGGAUGUUCAAACAUGGUGCAAAGAAGUUGAAGCAAAUGCUAAAAAACUUGUUGAACAUAAACGUAAAUAUGAACGACGUCGAGAAACAAAAGAAGCUGAUGCUAAACGAGAACGUAUUCGUAAAGCUCAAGAAGCUUAUGCUAAAGCACAACAAGAAGAAAAUGAACGACGAGCACGAGAACAACAAGCACGCUCUGCAGGUGGUCAACAAUUUCCAGGAUUCCCAGGAGGAAUGGGAGGCAUGGGUGGAAUGCCAGGGAUGGGAGGAAUGCCAGGGAUGGGAGGAAUGCCAGGGAUGGGAGGAAUGCCAGGCAUGGGUGGAAUGCCAGGCAUGGGUGGAAUGGGUGGUGGAGCUGAUUUAGGAGGUUUAGGAGCUGUUAUGAAUGAUCCAGAAAUAUUGGAAGCAUUACAAGAUCCCGAAGUACAACAGGCCUUCUCGGAAGUUAGUGCCGAUCCUUCAAAAUUAGCUGCACAUCAGAGCAACCCCAAGGUACGUAAAGUCAUGGAAAAACUGGCUAGUAAGUUUGGCGGCGCUGGCGGGCCGAUGGGUGGUGGUUUUCCUAAUUUUCCAGGCGGAAUGGGUGGCGGAGCCGAUGCCGAUGCCAAUGAUCUCGAUUGA